AUGGCGCCCGAGUCGAACUAUGAGCGUGAUGAAAGAGUUGCGCGGCUCUGGGAAACAUUGGACACGCGAAAGGAGGGCCACGUUGAUUUGUCCGGUUUGAAAAAGGGCCUCAAGAAGAUUGAUCACCCUUUGAAAAAUGCGGAUGACUUGCUACGCAGCAUCCUGUUCGAGGUCGACACCAAUCACGACGGCCAGAUAGACUAUGCGGAGUUCCGAGCGUUUAUCAACCGCACCGAGUCCGGGCUCUGGCAGAUGUUCCAGACCAUCGAUCGAAACCAUAACGGAGAAAUCGACAAGGCCGAGCUUCGUAGCGCGUUUUCUCGGUCUGGGGUCACGGUGUCGAAAGCGAGGCUGGACGAGUUUUUCGACGAGGUCGACAAAAACAACGACGGAGUAAUCACCUAUGCGGAAUGGAGGGACUUUUUACUCUUCUUGCCUCUACGUUCACCGUCCGACCUUCACGCAGUUCUCUCAUACUACACGGCCACGGGCAACUUAAACCCGGAAGGAGAUGUCCACAUCAAUGAUCUGCAGGGUUUAGGUACAGACCUCUCGUUUCUUAACUGUAUUCCCUUGGCUGUCACGGCCUUCUUGUACAAUAUUCUUUCCCUCCCUACCCUCGCCUCGCUUCUUCCUUCAGCACACGCCCAGACCGACUCAAACUCUCAUAUGAGCACUACCUUCGGCGAAGAAUUUCCUCCGUCAGACAGUGAUCUUGAGUUGGAGACGUUACCCAUUCCCAGAAGCGUCGCCAUGUGGAUGUCUAUUCGCUACUAUGAACGGAAGUUGACCGAGAACACCCCUCAACUAGGCUACUUCAUCGCAGGCGGCACCGCGGGCGUCGUUUCCAGGACGGCAACCGCCCCUCUCGAUCGUCUCAAGGUUUAUCUCAUUGCUCAGACGGGUGCCAAAAGUGCCGCCCUGUCCGCGGCCAAGGACGGUGCUCCCUUGGCUGCGACAGCCAACGCGUCGAGAACACUUCUUGUCGCCUUGAAAGAGCUCUGGCGAGCUGGUGGAAUUCGCAGCUUGUUUGCUGGAAAUGGCUUGAACGUCGUCAAGGUUAUGCCGGAGUCUGCCAUCAAAUUCGGAGCCUACGAAUCCGCGAAGCAAGCAUUCGCACGAAUGGAGGGGCACAAUGAUCCCAAGCGACUCCUGCCCGUUUCUCAGUUCUUGUCUGGUGGUAUUGGCGGAAUGGUGGCUCAAUGCUUUGUCUACCCUCUUGACACCCUGAAAUUCCGCAUGCAAUGCUCGACCGUCACAGGUGGCCUGAGAGGAAACAAACUUAUUGCCGCAACUGCCGCCAAAGUAUGGAACCAGAACGGGCUGGUCGGCUUCUUCCGUGGUCUCCCCCUCGGUCUGAUAGGAAUGUUUCCCUACGCCGCCAUCGACCUGUCCACCUUUGAAUACCUCAAACGCGCUCUCCUUGCCCGCCAAGCCCGUAUCCAACACUGCCAUGAAGACGACAUCAACCUCAGCAACUUCCUGACCGGAGCAAUUGGAGCCCUCAGCGGAGGGCUCAGUGCCUCGGUCGUCUACCCCCUCAACGUCCUCCGCACCCGCCUCCAAGCUCAAGGGACCGUCCUCCACCCUGCAACAUACACUAGCAUCGGCGACGUCUUGCGCAAGACCCUCGCAUCCGAGGGUCCUCGCGGCCUUUACAAAGGCUUGACCCCCAACCUCCUAAAGGUGGCGCCCGCCGUGUCCAUCAGCUACGUGGUCUACGAGAACUCGAAGCGAAUGCUGGGAUUGAGGUGA